AUGGUUUUGGCUCAAGGAUGCAAUGAGGACUGCAGGAGGAUGCCACCCCCUAAACCUAAAAGGAACCCCAACACACAAUUGAGUGUUUCCUUUGAUGAAUCUUACAUUAAGAGUCAUGGAAGCAGUGGGAUCUGUCACACCAAACCCCUCCACCACACCGUGUCCCCCUGUGAACGCAACUCCUCAUCCCCACAGACUGAUGAGAGUCCCACAGAUGACUGUGAAGACGAACCUGUCUACAUAGAAAUGGGUGGGAUUGAUAUAGGAAUGAGAGAACCCUUGAAAAGUGAGGAGGAGGAGCCAGGAGAGUCUGUGUACGAGGAAAUGAAGUAUCCAGCCUUGGAUGAUAUGGAGUACCGCACUGAUCCUGUAGGAUGCCGCUCGGCAUGCCCCACCCCUGCACCCUAUGACCCUGAGCCACUCAGCCGCUGUUCCACACCUCGUAACAUUCCCCUCUGUGACAUUCCUGCACCUUUUCCAAAUUUACUCACUCACCGGCCUCCACUCUUGGUGUUCCCCCCAGCACCAGCCCAGUGCUCGCCCAACUCAGAUGAGUCCCCCCUCACACCUAUGGAUGUAACCAAAUUGCCAGUGCUGGAGAACCAGUCCUACAGCAAAUCACCCACCUCUUCAACUGAGACUCCCUCUUCUGCUCACCUCCGCAGGGAGCUCACUGCCACCCCAACACUCACAGUCUCAGGCCGCUCCUCUGCGCCUCCACUCCCUUGUACUCUCUACAAAUCUUCCUCAUCAUCCUCCUAUCAGCGUAGCCAUUCUGCUUGCCCAUCACCUGUCAACAUGGGACGUUGUCUCACCCCAUUGAGCCUCAUGCGCACGCCUCCAUUUGAUGCCCCCAUGCCAUUCCCUGGAGGGCUCCCAAGGAGUGCCUCUGCUACUCCACACGGCAAAGGCUCACCACCUCAGGAUAGUGCUGGACGGCUCCAUGGCUCGAUGCAGAAUGUGUCAACAGGUCGUUCACGGACGCCUACCAGCCCACUUGAUGAACUCACAAAUCUGUUCACCACAGGCAGGAACAUGCUGAAGAAAAACUCCAGUGGCAAAAAAUCCAAAGAGCCUGGAGAAACUGAGUCCAAAGCAAAGUCCCACAGUGAAUCCAAGCGAGAGGGUAAGGAACGCCACAGUCACAGCAAGGAGUCCAAACGAGAUUCCAAGGAGCGCCACAGCAAAGAGUCUUCUCAUAGAAGAGACAGAGACAAAGACAAAGAUCGAGGCAGCAGCAAUGUAGAUCCUCUGCUUCACAGACGUAACAGUAAAGACCGCAAUUGUAGCAGUGUGGAUGCACCACUCGUUUUCCGGGAGAGCAAGGAUCAGGCAUGCAGCGGACUAGACCCCAUGCUUGUUAGACGAGACUCCAAAGACAGGGGCUCCAGCUCUUUGGAACCUGUACCUCCAGUAAGAAAAGACUCCAAGGACAGAGGAAUUAAUAAUGGUGAUCUGAUGCCAAGGAGAGACAGUAAAGAUCGUGGUGCUGGACAUGGAAUGGAGUCUUCACUAAGACAGGACAACAAAGAGCAACCACCCGAGCUGCUACCAAGACAAGACAGCAAGGAAAGAGUAAGAAAUGGUGGAGACUAUAAACAUGAAAUCAGGGAAAGACUUCUGGAUCAGCCACCUGAGCUCCUACCUCGACAAGAUAGUAAAGAGCGAGCCAGGAAUGGCAUGGAUUCAAAACAUGACAGCAAAAACAAGGCACCAGAGCUUUUGCCUCAACACGAGAGCAAAGACAGAUCUAGAAAUGCACCAGAGUACAGACAUGAAAGCAAAGACAAUCGUCCUGAUUUGUUACCCACCCAGGAGAAUAAGGAAAGAGAAAAAAGUGACACUGAACACAGAUAUGAAGGAAGAAUUGACCAGCCUCCUGAGAUUCUGCCUCGACAUCAAACAUCAAGAAGCAACAAGGACAGGACUGACAUCAAGUAUAAAGGGAGAGAUACAAGCUGCAUGAAUGGAGGAGAUGCUCCUCCCCCUCUAAUACCUAGGCAAGACAGCAAAGAUCUGAGUAAAACUGGCCUUGAAGUGAGAAGGGACAGCAAAGACAGAAGUCUUAAUGGCUCUGAGCCACAUCAUUAUGAUGUCAAGUGCACCAAAAGUCCUUCUGCAACAGAAUAUAGGUGUGAAAAAGAACGAGGGUACAGAUCAGAUGGCACACCACGAAGAGAUACCAGAGAAAAUCGCAACAUGGACCAAUCCAAAGCACAAGAAAGGAAUGGUAGCACAAUGUCGGGACAGCAUUCAUCAACAGCUACACCUACUCACCAUGGGAGACCAUCAGGUAGCCCACCGAUAACCACGGAAACACGCAGUGAUUUGAAAACACCAUCAAAGUAUAGACGGUCACCAUCUUUGCCUACCAAUCCUUCCCCUAUUGGGACGCCACAAAGGAGAGCAUCAGAGACACAUCAGAGUCAGAUAGUUCUGUUGUGUGAUGAGCAGCAGUCCCGCAGACAGACAGACUGA